AUGCUGCGUUCUCCGCCAGGAAAAGGAAGUCCCCACAGAGGAACCAGUCCUCGCUGGGACCGAAACGGGGGCAGGGCUGUCGGCAAGGCGGUUCUUCAGAGAGGCAAACUGGGCGGAAAAGACGAGACGGGGAGCGGCCGAGUCCCGGAGCGGCGGAGAGGGCCUGAUCGCCACCCGUCGUCUUCUCUCAUUCAGCGUGGAAGGGAAGGAUGUGGAAAAGCAAUGGAGCGCAGGUUGCUCCGUGACCACAUCGUCUCUUUUGAGGUCUCGCGCAAGGGGAGAAUGGAAGUGAGCCCGUUAAAAAGGAGACAAAGACAAGGGGAAAACCUGAAGGAGGGCAAGCGGUGGAGUGUUUCAUUAGAGAGAGGGGCGGAGAAGCCUUAG